AUGACUACUCCUAAUAGCAUUAAAAAGGAGAUAGUUAAAUUUUAUAAGAGCUUAAUGGGAAAUGUUGUUGCAUCUUUGCCUGCUAUCAGCAAGGAAACUAUGAAAAAUGGACCUAAACUCACUCAUGAACAACAGUUGAGCUUAUGUGUGGAAGUCAUGAUUGAGCUAAGAUUCCCUAGAAGAUUUCAGGAUUGGGUUCUAACCUGUGUUAAGAUUGUGAGCUACUCAAUUGUGGUGAAUAGAGAGCCUUCAGUUCCUUUCCUAGCCGCUAAAGGACUGAGACAAGGUGAUCCCAUUUCAUAUUUCCUAUUUGCAAUUGUAAUGAAGUACUUGAGUAGAAGCCUUAAAGGAUUUCAAAAGGAUAAGGAGUAUAAAUAUCACCAUAGAUGUUCAAAGCUAGGUAUUACACAUCUCAGUUUUGCUGAUGAUUUGCUCCUAUUUGCAAGAGGUGAUAUACCUUAUGUUACUCAGCUUCAACAAUGCCUUAACCAAUUUUAUAGAGCCUCAAGACUACAAGCUAAUCAGACUAAGAGCUUUAUCUACUAUGGAGGUGUUACACAAGUAGUGAAAGAUGAGAUGCAACAAAUAUUUGGUUACUCCAGAGGUGAACUCCCAGUAAAAUACUUAGAAGUGCCUUUAUCAACUAAGAAGAUGUCCUUUGCUCAAUGGCAACCUCUGAUAGAGAAAACGGUAGCUAGAAUCUCCUCCUGGACAGCAAAAAAACUAUCUUAUGCAGGAAAGAUUCAGCUAGUACAAUCAGUCAUGUUUGGUAUACAAGCUUAUUGGUCACAAUUAUUCUUAAUCCCAAGCAAAUUUAUCAAAAUAAUAGAGGCUUACUGUAGGAGUUAUGUAUGGUCUGGUUAUAAUGUUAUCACAAGAAGAUCACUUGUGACUUGGGAGAAAAUGUGUACACCUAUGAGUGCAGGAGGUCUAAAUCUCAUCAACCUGAAACUUUGGAAUAUGGCUGUUGCUGCUAAAAAUCACUAG